GAGGAAGAGGAAGGGGAGGAAGCAGAACAAGAACAGGAGAAGGAACAGGACAUGGGAGAGCAGGAGGGCAAGGGAGAGGCGGCGGGGGACAAGAGAGCCCAGGAGCAGAAGGAAGCGCGCGAGGAAGAGGAGAAGGCCAAAGAGCAGGAGAAGGAAGAGGCGGAGCAGGAGGAGUCGCAGCAGCGGCCACAGCAGCAGCAGUCUCAACUGAUCCCAGCCUCAGAGGAUCAGAGCACCCCACAGGGAUGGCCAUUGGCCCCUCCGGCAGUGGAGGUGGCAGCAGGGGACGCUGCGUGUCUCCUGCCAGGCAGUCACCAGCUGGUGCUGGCCCCAGUCCCGCCAGGGCUCCCCUGCUGUCCGCCCUCCACAACCGCAAGCCCACAGCUAAGAAACUGGCCCCACUGAUGGCCAAGACCAUGCGAGAUUACAAGAAAAUGCUCUCCCGGCGAUAAAUUUCCAGACCCGACUGACCCCGGGACUGGACACAGGAACUACGCCACACACCCGCUCGCGCACACCCAGACACACACACACACACGCACACACACACACACACACACACACACCCGUAGAAGCCCAAUGAGAACAGCCGGGAUGGGUAUGGCGGUAUGGGUGGGGCUGGGGGUGGGGCUGGGGACAGCUGGCCUCCACCCAAAGCGCUGGAAAGCAUGCUGUGAAGCAGGUGCCACGCCUGAUCCAGGCUGAAAUCCUGGUGACAGGGCCAGGUGUAGGGCAGAGAAAGGUCCCCACGGCCCAUGCCUUCACGUGUGUGCAUCCGUGCGUGCUCCUUCCUCGGCACACAGCCCUAAGGCGACGGGGCUCCCAGAAGCUACAUAGCUACACCGCUUCCGGAGCGCCCUGGUGGGUGUGGACUGCGGGGAGGUGUGUUUGGCUUUUCUCUAUCACCUCCUUCCCAAUCAUUCCGUGCAACUUGGUUUUGGCCAAUGGGAGGGGGGCUUAACUCACCACCCUCCCUCUCCACGUGAGAACGGCAAGCACGUCCCCACCCCCAGGUCACCGAAGGCCCCAGGGUUGCUCUGAGGGGGCAAUUUCUUGUCAUACAGUGGAACCCCCGUGAUUUGCCCUCUAUCCUGAAAACCAAGGCCUGAAACAGUUAGUUCCCUCAAUACUCUGGGGAGAGAAGUGGAGGUGAGUGGAUGGAGGAAAGUUCCCUAGGCUGCACCUGGAGACUCUCUCACGCCUUUCGUCCGUGCCCCGGCUCUGGCUCUGGCCGGCUGGGGCGGGAGGAGUGCAGGUGGAGCCCAGCCCCAACAGUGAGAAGCUGGCCCCCCGAAACGAAAGCAGGGCACAAAACGCCCACAGAGAUCGAGCUCAUUUCAAAGGUCUUUGCACACACGCCCUAAACGGAUGAAGUCAAUAGCUCAGUGGUUCCGCCACCUGUGUGCAGGAGCUAGGACCCGAACUCGGUGCCGGGUAA